CAGACGACGGGAGGCUGAGCGAGGGGCCUUCGCCUGGUCACCAUGGUCGAAAGACGCUUCUCUGAGUUUCUGCAGAAACUCCCCUUCUCGGGCGCGGGCCACCUGUACGAGCCCCUGGAGAGGAGCGAGUUGGAAAUCUUGAUUGGAGGACAGUGUGAAUCGAAAGCCAUCGAAAAAGAGAAAACGGUCGUAGCUCUGUCACCCAAGGAAGCAAGCAAAUGCCACAAAGAGGAUUUGGCCAAAGCAUUUUAUGUGGACUUACAAAAUGGGCUGUCCGAGUUCUCGGUGUCGCAGCGGAGACAGGUCCAUGGCUGGAAUGAAUUUGUCGCUGAUAACACCGAACCGGUGUGGAAGAAAUAUCUCGAUCAGUUUAAGAACCCCUUGAUCCUGCUGCUCCUGGCCUCCGCCCUAGUGAGCGUCCUCACGAAGGAGUACGAGGACGCCGUCAGUAUCGCCAUGGCCGUGCUGAUCGUGGUCACCGUCGCCUUCAUCCAGGAGUACAGGUCGGAGAAGUCCCUGGAGGAGCUGACCAAGCUCGUCCCUCCCGAGUGUGACUGCAUAAGAGAAGGAAAGCUCCAGCAUCUGCUUGCACGAGACCUGGUUCCCGGAGACAUUGUGUCUCUCUCGAUCGGAGACCGGAUCCCUGCAGACAUCCGUCUCACUGAGGUCACAGAUCUCCUGGUAGAUGAGUCCAGCUUCACGGGAGAAGCCGAGCUGUGCAGUAAGACGGACAGCCCGCUGGCCAGCGGGGGGGACCUCACCACUCUGAGCAACAUCGUCUUCAUGGGGACCCUGGUGCAGUACGGGAAGGGGCAGGGAGUCGUGAUUGGAACAGGGGAAAGGUCCCAGUUCGGAGAAGUGUUCAAGAUGAUGCAGGCUGAAGAGACGCCUAAAACCCCACUACAGAAAAGCAUGGACAAGCUGGGGAAGCAGCUGACACUUUUCUCAUUUGCCAUCAUUGGCUUGAUCAUGCUCACCGGCUGGCUGCAGGGCAAGCAGCUCCUCAGCAUGUUCACGAUCGGGGUCAGCCUGGCUGUGGCUGCCAUUCCCGAGGGUCUGCCCAUCGUCGUCACGGUUACGCUGGUCCUGGGAGUGCUGCGGAUGGCCAAGAAGCGUGUCAUUGUGAAGAAGUUACCCAUCGUGGAGACCCUGGGUUGCUGCAAUGUCAUCUGUUCGGAUAAGACGGGGACUCUGACCGCCAAUGAGAUGACCGUCACCCAGCUGGUGACAUCCGAUGGGCUCCAUGCUGAGGUCAGCGGAGUUGGGUAUAACGGCGACGGCACCGUCUAUCUCUUACCCUCAAAGGAAGUCCUGAAGCGGUUCAGCAACGUCUCGGUGGGGAGGUUAGUGGAGGCAGGCUGUGUGGCCAACAACGCCGUCAUCAGAAAGAACGCCGUGAUGGGGCAGCCCACGGAAGGCGCACUGAUCGCGCUGGCCAUGAAGAUGGACUUAAGUGAUAUUAAAGAUUCAUACGUGAGAAAAAAAGAGAUUCCAUUCAGUUCGGAGCAGAAAUGGAUGGCAGCACGAUGCAGCCCCAAGAACGAGGACCAGGAGGACAUUUACUUCAUGAAGGGGGCCUUUGAAGAGGUGAUUAACUACUGCACCACGUACAACAACGGGGGCAUCCCUCUGCCGCUGACACCCCAACAGCGAGCCUUCUACCAGCAGGAGGAGAAGAAGAUGGGGACACUCGGCCUGCGUGUGCUGGCCCUCGCUUCUGGGCCCGAGCUGGGGAGCCUGACUUUUCUGGGGCUCGUCGGCAUCAUCGACCCUCCGAGGGCUGGCGUGAAGGAGGCUGUGCGUUUGCUCUGCCAGUCGGGCGUGUCGGUGAAGAUGAUCACGGGGGACGGGCUGGAGACCGCCUCCGCCAUAGGAAGGAGCAUCGGCCUGUGCAACGGGAAGCUGAAGGCCAUGUCCGGGGACGAGGUGGAAAACAUGGGGCAGGAAGAGCUGGCUGACUGCGUCGGGAAGGUGUCUGUCUUCUUCAGGACCAGCCCGAAACACAAGCUCAAAAUCAUAAAGGCUUUGCAGGAAUGUGGGGCGAUCGUGGCCAUGACAGGGGAUGGGGUGAAUGACGCUGUCGCCCUCAAGUCUGCGGACAUCGGGAUCGCCAUGGGGCAGACGGGGACGGACGUUAGCAAAGAGGCUGCCAACAUGGUCCUGGUGAACGAUGACUUCUCAGCCAUCAUGAAUGCAGUGGAGGAAGGCAAAGGGAUUUUUCACAACAUCAAAAACUUUGUCCGGUUCCAGCUGAGCACGAGCAUCUCAGCCCUGAGCCUCAUCACUCUGUCCACUGUGUGCGACCUGCCCAGCCCCCUCAACGCCAUGCAGAUCCUGUGGAUCAACAUCAUCAUGGACGGGCCACCCGCACAGAGCUUGGGGGUAGAGCCUGUGGACAGAGACGCCCUCCAGCAGCCACCGCGGAACGUCAAGGACACCAUCCUCAGUAGAGCCCUCAUCCUCAAGACCCUCCUGUCGGCAGCCAUCAUCAUCAGCGGGACACUCUUUAUCUUCUGGAAAGAGGUCCCCGCAGACAAGGCCAGCACCCCACGCACCACAACCAUGACCUUCACCUGCUUUGUGUUCUUCGACCUCUUCAAUGCCUUGACCUGCCGCGCUCAGACCAAGCUGGUAGCGGAGAUCGGUUUCCUCCGGAACCGCAUGUUCCUGUACUCGGUGCUGGGGUCCGUUGCGGGGCAGCUGGCCGUGAUCUACAUCCCGCCCCUGCAGAAGGUCUUCCAGACCGAGAACCUGGGCGCUCUCGAUUUGCUGCUUUUAACCGGACUGGCCUCGUCUGUGUUCAUCGUGUCCGAGCUCCUCAAACUCUGUGAAAAAUUCUUCUCCAGAGCCAGGAAAGCCCAGACUCACCCAGAUCACGUCUAGGGGACCUGGCUGUGUGAAAUCCUAAAUCAUCUCUAUUUGAUGGGACUGUGGCCCUUCCCCCGGCCCCUCGCCAGAGGGACGCUGCCAGGACACGGAGCGCUGGGCCUCUCCCUCGGCUCUGCGGCUCGACCA